ACCUCUAAAACGGUAAAGUUAAAAGUGGUUAUCACUUUUGGUUGCAUAGUACAUAAAUUAGUAAAGCAAAAUGUCAAAAAGUUAAUUUGCUAAGGUCUGCGUGAUUGAGAUUAUUAUUAUCGGAUUUCUGUUUUCAAUCAAGUUUAGUAAAACGGGCUACCUAUUUUAGCGGUUGUAGAUAUCAGCUGUGUUAUGGGGUUAUGUGUCGUAACUGUAAUUAAUUGACGCAUUACAGCUUAAAGGAAUGAUGAGAGAAGAUGGGAUCAUUGUCAUUGAAGUAAAAGAAGUAAUAUAGAGCAGCGGAAAAAGGAAAUAAUUCAAUAUGAUGACAUCAGAGGAAACAGACUCUCUGGGCACUGCCCCAUCAGAUGGUCAUCCUGAAGAUAUGUCAGCUUCAGGUACAGAAGAGGCUCCAUCAUCAAUGGUAUCCAGUGAAGCAGAAUCAGAGGGUAGUGUUCUAUCUGAAGUCCGGCACGAAGGUGAUGUGAAUCCUGUAAACAGCGACAGCUCGUUUGCUGAGCAUACGAAUACCCAGCACGAGAGGGCCAUGCCACCAAUAGCCGACUGGAGGGCAGUCGGGUCCACUGUCUCUUCAUUUAUGUCUAGCAGAGGCUCAAUGCUGCCAUGGGGUCCGCACAAGGGCCCAUCAGUCCCAGCUGCCGACUCCGACUUACGUCCUGGCGAGUAUGUCAUGAGGCUACUCUUCACAGAGUUCACAGUACAAGCAGAAAGGAAAAUGGAAGCUGUCAUGGCUGAACCACUGGAAAAACCAUUAGCUAAAACCCUACAGCGUGGGGAGGAUCCCCAACUUGACCAGAUCCUUCAAGCCUUUGGAACAGUAGCAGAACAUUGCUUGCCUUCACUGCUGCGAGCCUUGUUCGGCUGGCUAGAGCGACAAAUGGCUGACUCGCCCCAACUUAGCGAACAGGCUAAGAAACCACACCAGGACCUUCGUAACAAAAGUAUUAUCUACAUAGUGUCUGGCAGCGGAGCUGGCACGGAGACGGUAGAGCGCAGUUGUGAGGAGCUGCAAGCCGAGCGCCGAGAUCUGGCGGUGGAGUUUCUCUUCUGUCUAGCGCUCAUCGAGGUGCUGAAGCAGCUGCCCUUCCACCCCGGCCACGAAGAUCUCGUGCAAUACAUUGAGAAUGUGGCUUUCAAACGUUUUAAUUAUAAAGAAGGACUACAGUCGAACCCAAACGCGGCGAAUGUUCACCUAAUCGCGGACCUGUACGCCGAAGUGAUUGCCGUGCUCGCGCAGUCUCGCUUUGCCUCGGUCAGGAAGCGCUUUACAGCUGAACUCAAGGAGCUAAAAAGCCGCGAGCCGUCGCCGCACACGACGCAGAGCAUCAUCUCGCUCCUCAUGGGCAUGAAGUUCUUCCGCGUGAAGAUGGUGCCCAUCGAGGAGUUCGAAGCGUCGUUCCAGUUCCUGCAGGAGUGCGCGCAGUACUUCCUCGAAGUCAAGGACAAGGACAUCAGGCACGCCCUCGCUGGACUCUUCGUUGAGAUACUCGUGCCUGUAGCUGCUACUGUCAAGAAUGAAGUGAACGUCCCUUGCCUGAAGAACUUUGUGGAGAUGCUGUACAGCCACACGCUGGACGCCAGCACCAAGUCCAAACACCGGCUGGCGCUGUUCCCGCUCGUCACCUGCCUGCUGUGCGUCUCGCAGAAGCAGUUCUUCCUUGCUAACUGGCAUUGCUUCCUCGCUAUGUGUCUGUCGCAUCUCAAGAACAGGGAUCCUAAAAUGUGUAGGGUGGCUCUUGAAUCCCUGUACCGUCUUCUCUGGGUCUACAUGAUAAGAAUCAAAUGUGAAAGCAACUCUGCAACUCAGUCGCGACUACAGAGCAUCGUCAACUCAUUGUUCCCGAAAGGCUCCAAAGGAGUGGUCCCACGUGACAUGCCACUCAACAUAUUCGUAAAGAUCAUACAAUUUAUCGCCCAAGAACGUCUGGAUUUCGCGAUGCGAGAAAUCGUAUUUGACCUGCUCAUGGUGGGAAGGCCUAUAAAGAUUAUAUUGACCCCGGAAAGAAUGUCGAUAGGUCUCCGAGCUUUCCUCGUUGUGGCUGACAGUUUGCAGCAGAAAGAAGGAGAGCCUCCGAUGCCCAGGACGUCAGGAACCUUACCAUCGGGAAAUACUCUGAGGGUCAAGAAAACUUUCUUGAACAAAAUGUUGACUGAUGAGACUGCGCGGUCCAUUGGCAUGAGCCCGUAUUUUCCGUACGUGCGGCGAGUGUUAGUGGAGAUAUUGAGAGCUCUAGACGCGCACUACGGCAGACCGCUGAUGCUUACAAAUACACAAAAUGUUACCAAAGAGCAAGAGAUCAACACAGGGGAGAGGAAACCGAGAAUCGAUUUGUUCCGGACCUGCGUUGCUGCUAUACCAAGACUGAUCCCCGAAGGCAUGGGUUCCAGUGAGCUUGUUGACCUGUUGAGUCGUUUGACGGUUCACAUGGACGAGGAGCUGCGAGGACUAUCAUUCCAGAGCCUUCAAACACUAAUUGUGGAUUUUCCCGAGUGGCGACAAGAUGUCUUGGCUGGCUUCACACAGUUCUUAGCUAAAGAAGUACAGGACACAUCACCACAACUAGUAGAGAACGGCUUACGAAUGCUGCUGCAGUUACUGACUAGCUGGAAGAAUGGCGAGCCAACAGCGAGCGGAGUGCCCACCAAGCAGGAGCCGCUAGCGUCGGUCAUCCGCGGCGCGGAGGCGCUGGGACUUGUCAUGCUGUGUCAGUGCAAGUCCUACCCCAGGAGGCUGGCUGUGCAUGUACUCAGGGAAGCCAAAUACCUACUCGAGAAGCUACAACUGACCCGCGACGAGCCAGCUCUGAUAGACGCGGCAGACGCUCACGUGCCCCACUUCGCGGAGAAGUGCUUGCCGCUGUUGCCACCAGCCGAAAAGCAGGCGAUACUAGCGGCCGGCCAGCCAGACCUGGUCUGGAUCGCCGAGCGAAAUCAUGCCGUAUGGACUGCUGGUAUCCAACACGAUGAAACGUCAACAAAGAACAGCUGGAGUGGAAGUUCUUCAAACGGCGCCGAUCCUUGGGAGGUGAUCUUAUUCGGGCUGUUAGAGCGCAGUCGCGUUCCGGCGCGGUGUCCCUCCACAAUACUCCAAGCUUGGCCCAUCCUGCACGCCAGGAUACAUGCACUAUUUACAAUCAUAGAACCAGCGCCUGUCAAUGACAAUCGAGCUUCACUCCUCUCACGUACCCCGGCGUUGCCGCGGAAACCGGAGAAAGAACGAGACGGAUACAUGCAAGUGUGGAAAUACUAUAUGACUAUGGCCUAUUUAGUUGUGCCGGCAGUGCCCAGCCCGGUCAUACGAUGCGCUAGCCCCGAUCUCAGUCUGAGUAGCACUGAGGCGGAGGGGUGGGUCGGCCUGGCCACGCUGAGCUCGUCGAGCGAGAGCCUCAACGCGCCCGGCGGCUUCUUCACGCUGCCCUUGAGCUAUGCGCGCGCGCACAGACAACACAAACGAACGAGCUCGUCCCCGGACUCGCUGAGCGAGCGCAGCGGCGGCGAGGCCCGCGGGGCUCAGGCGUCGCCGGGCUCGCUGCACAAGCUGGCGGUGCCGCUCGCGCGCUGCGAGGUGCCCGAAGUGCGCGACGCCGCCGUAGCCGCCUGCGGGAACAUCAACCCCGACUCGCUAAAAGAUUUAAUGGAGGAACUACUCCCCCUUCUCCGGGAGGCUGUGGACCGUAAGCAAGAGAACAUGCGCCGGCGUCGACGUCGUGACGCACUCAGACUGCACCUCAACAAGAUGCUGUUGCUGAUCGCACAGAAGAAAACCUUCGCGAACAGUGCGUUCGCGUUGGAAGGCGGAAGCUUACACCCCACGCUGACGGAGUACUUGGACGGCGUACGCCAGUGCCUUGAGGUGGAGGCCGAGAAGGACGCGCCCGCCGCGCGCGAGCAACGCAUCACAUUCGCUGACUUCGUCACUGAACUCAUCAAGAGCUUCUCCUUGGAGAUGUACGGGUCUCUGAUGAAGAAAGAGCUGCUCCGGAGCUUGUUCUCGCUGUUCUCGGGCUGGUGCGGGCCACUCGCCAAGCAUCUCGGCUCGCUAGUCCCACAGCCCACGCAACCCGAGAACGAUGACAGGCUUAAUUUGUCCGCUCUUAGAGCCAUGAGUGCCCUGGUGUGCUGCGGGCCGUGCUUCGCUCCAAGUGCGCUGGCUGAAGAUGGCUCUCUCUACCCCUGGCUGAGCGAAAUGCUUUCCUCCACCAACGAUAAGAUAUACGAGUUGGCUCGAGAGACGAUAGUCCUACUGCUGGACUGCAACCCGGACAUCGGUCCCCUGCUGGACUGGACGGUAGACAAGUGCUUCACAGGCACGCCGCGGGUCGCCGACGGAUGCUUUAUGGCUCUGGCCACUAUAUUCAGCGCUCGUAUGUGUUCCGGCAGGGAGUACCCGUGCGACCACUACACGGCUAUCAUCAACGUGACGCUGAUGUGCACGGGGAGCCCGCGCGCCCCCGUCCACGAGAGCGCGCUGCAGCUCCUGCAGCUGCUCGACAAACGCUUCUUCGGCAGCGUCGGCCCGCUACCCUCCGAUGACGAUGCUGGUUCGGAGAAAGGGCGCGGUACGCUGGACGCGCUGCUGUGUACCACCUACUGCCGCUCGCAGCUGUACCUGUCUCGCCAGCUCUCGCAGCUGCACCCAGAACUCACCAUGCCCAUGUUCUCAGAAAUCACGGCUCGUUUCCAAACUGCCCGAACGGAAGUCCGUCAACUGUUGCUGCAGUACUUGCUGCCGUGGCUGGUGAACAUCGAGCUGGUCGACCCCAACGUGCCGCCAGCGAACCCGCUUUCCUACAUACAGUACUACGCAUCGGAGGCCGGCCGCGCCGGGCGCCGCGAGGGGCUGGGCUCCGCCGAGGCUACGGAGAUGGUACUCAACAAUCUGUUCUAUAUCACGGCAAAGUUUUCGGACAACCAUCCGAAGGAAAUCGAAGAGUUGUGGUCGACGCUGUGCGCGUGCUGGCCCAACAACCUCAAGGUCAUCAUCCGGUACCUCAUAAUCGUGUCCGGCAUGGCGCCUAACGAACUGCUGCCCUACGCUAAACGCGUGGUGCUGUACCUGGCUCGGUCGCGGCCCGAGCGCUUGCUGGACGAGAUGAUGACGGAGCUGCAGACGGUGGAGACGCUGAACUGCCUCAUCGAGCGCACCGAGACGCCGCCCUUCUACCGGCUCACAUCCAUGAGGAAGGCCACCUCGGGACACAGCGACGGACCCUGCACUGGCUCGCAGGACGCUACCGGCCGGACUGGCGAGCUCGCACCCGUCGAGAAAGGAACGAUUCACACAAAGAGGCACAGCGGCGAAGAUCCCGCUAAAGCCAGCGGUGCCAAAGCGCCAGAGACGCCGAGUGCACGCGGGCAAGACAAGCGAUCCUCAGCACCUCCUUGCUCCACGCCGCCGGCUGACGAAGAGCCCUCGCCGCCAUCCGAUGGCGACGCCACACCGACCGGCUUGUGCCCGGACACGGGUAUAAUGCCGCUGGCUGGCAGCGCGCCGGCCACCCCGCAGGACACCCGCAUGGACGUCCCUCAGCCGCGACCUCUCCCCAUGCCAGAGUACGGCGGCUUCUUCGCGCUACUCACUGAGUACCUGCCUGACACCAGCCAACCCAUCUCAGGGUUUCACCGGUGCAAUGUGGCUGUAAUGCUGCUGUGCGAUGUGGUACUGGACGGCGUCGAGCUGGACUGGUCCAUCCACGUGCCUCUCAUGCUACACAUUGUGUUCCUCGGCAUGGACCACACCAGAUGGAUAGUUCACCAGCACUGCCGGCAGCUGCUGCUGAACCUGCUGGUGGCGGUGGCGGCGCACCACGACCACCUGACGGUGGCGCGCGUGCUGCUGGCGAGCCGCUCGCAGCAGCUGGGGCUCGGCAUCCCGCCGCCCACGCUGCCGCUCGUGCCGCACAACUUCAUCGAACCCGACGCGGCUUUCGACAGCCACCCCCAGUGUGCGCACUCUCCGCGGUCACACGCUCGCUCUUUGAGCUCCGACCCACAAGUCACGCCCGAAGGUGAAUGUGACAACUAUCCGUCGCUGCCAGUGAUAGUGACUGGCGAGGCUGAAACGGAGACAGCGCCCGCAGAGCCCGCACCCGAACCCGAGUCCACCGAGCUGCCCGUGGCCGACGUCAUCAAAUCCCUUGUGCAUUUCCUUGCCAACCGCCCGACGCACAUGCCACUCUGGCAAUAUGAAGACAUCACCGCUAAAGUGUGGACACUGCGGAGCUGCCAACAAAUGGCAACGCUGUUGCGGCACGUGCUGCGCGUGUUCCGCGAGUCUCUGCCACACGCGCUCAUCUCCGAGCGCUGGGCGCAGACCGCACUGCAGCUGGGCCUGUCCUGUCCCUCCAGGCACUACGCUGGCAGAUCGCUGCAGGUGUUCCGCUUUAUCGGCGUUGCUAUGACUGGACGUAUGGUCUCUGAUAUUCUUUCCCGCUUGGUUGAGACCGUGGCGGAACAAGGCGAAGACAUGCAAGGCUACGUAACUGAACUUCUCCUCACUCUGGAGGCCGCUGUGGACUCGCUCGAGUCUAACUUUAGGCCCCUAGACUACAUGCGAGAUAUAUUCAAGUCGACGCCUAAUCUUAACAACAAAGAUGGUGGGCAGCCAGUCAAUGGAAGUCCUUAUACUGCUGGCAAGCGCUCGCCGGGCGUAUGCGUUGGCUGUGUGUCGAACCACACGCGCAGCACCAGCUACUCCGUGUCUUACUGCCUGCGUAAGAACAACGCGCCACCGCCCAACAACGAAAAGCCACAGCACGAACGCGCUCGGCCCUGCAGCGAAGCGGCUAAGGGUGUCUGCUCCAACCUUUGCCGCUCCCGUUCAGCGCAGUCACUCAAACUGCUCGGCGAUAGCGCUACACAGCUCCCCACUGCAUUGCUGCAGGACGACAAGCUGACGAUCCUGGCCACCCUGUUCUGGGUGGGCGCGUCGUUGCUAGAGUCGGAUUACGAGCACGAGUUUCUGUUGGGCGUGCGUCUGCUGGCGCGCGUCAUGUCGCGCUUGCCGCUCGACCGGCCCGACGCGCGCGAGCGACUCGACCGCACUCAGGCGCAUACGUCACCGUCGCUGCACGCACUGCUGCUGAAGGGUUGCACCCAUCCCAACACGUACGAGCCGGUGGUCGGCGUGUUAGUAGACAUGAUCCCACUGCUGGAGCUGCCGGUCAUCGACCCCACGCAGUCUGUUGCCUUCCCUAUGACGGUGGUGGCGCUGCUGCCCUACAUGCUUCUGCAUUAUGAAGACGCUAACGAACUGUGCGUGCGCGCCGCCUGCCAUAUCGCACAGUUCACAGCCGAGAAGAGCAAGAAGUUAGAAAACCUGGGUACUGUGAUGACGCUGUACUCUCGACGCACGUUCAGCAAGGAGAGCUUCCAGUGGACCAAGUGCGUCGUCAAGUACCUCUGGGACACCUACUCGCAUCUCUCGCAGCAGAUGCUGGCCUUCCUCGUCGAGGUUCUGGAGAAGGGCUCGGGCAACCUGCAGCUGCCGGUGCUGUCCAUCCUGCACUGCAUGCUGUACUACGUGGAUCUGAACGCGCCCGCCGCUCAGCCCGUCAACGUAGACUUACUUAGGGCCGUCGCCAAGUUCAUCGACGUCACCGUUCAAGACAGCAACAACUACAAAGAAGCAAUGAAGAUUCUGAAACUGGUGGUGACACGAUGCUCGACCCUCGUUGUACCUCCGUACUGGGACAACCAUGCCUCCUCCAUCCUCGACACUGAGCUACAUGGCAAGAAAGAAUUGCCGGGACGUACUAUGGAUUUCACCUUUGACCUUUCGCAAACGCCAGUAAUAGGGCGCAAAUAUCUUCCAAAAGCCGGUAGCCAACCAGCGACUGGGCCGAGCUCGCUAUCGAACGCUUCUACUACCACCCCAGAUAAGGGUUCGUCAACGUCGCAGUCGGGCUCGGCGUCGACAGUGGUCGGGCCCGACACCGGCGGCGGCCCGAGCGGCACCGCUCCGCAGAGCGCCGCCUCGCCGCGCCGCUCGCUCUCGCUGUCGCCCGCGGACGCGCUCGCCUCAGGGUGGAAGAGGCCCUGGAUGUCGCAGAGUCGAGUCCGCGAAUGUUUGGUGAACCUUCUGACGACGUGCGGCCAACGUGUCGGCCUUCCUAAAAGCCCAUCUGUGAUCUUCAGCCAAAGCUCAGAGUUGCUGGAGCGAGAGUCUUCGAUGGCGUCCUCCCUGGAGGAAGUGUCGGGCACUCCGGGGAACGAGCCCUCCGGGGGAGCUCCUCCCACCGACCACUUUGGGGUCUUUAAAGACUUCGACUUCUUGGAAUAUGAGAGCGAGAGCAUUGAGGGCGAGAGUUCUGACAACUUCAACUGGGGCGUGCGCCGGCGGCUGCCGAGCGAGGAGCGCGACGAGGGUGCCGGCGUGGAGCGCAGCCCGCCGCCGCAGCUGCCGCGCGCGCCCGACACUCACCCCGCCGGGAAGCCGAGCACUCAUGAAGAUUCCUCGGACGAGGAAGGCGGGUGGGACGACGGCGCUAGCGGGUCGCGCGGCGAAGGCGACGCGGUCACAUCGCACGAGCUUGUGCUGCGACCGCGCACGCACUCCUUCUCAAGCGCUUCUAGCGGGGAACCUGACGGCGACCGCGGCGACGUGACGCCGGUGCCGGGCGCGACGCCGGUGCUACGCGACGCGUGGCGCGCCUCCGUGGCCGCGCUGCUGCGACACGCUGCGCUCAUGCCGCCGCUCGCGCUCGUACACCGCCUGCACACCGUGCUCAAGGAGGUGACGUGUAAGACGGUGUCGCUCUGCGCGGACAGCGGGCUGGGAGCGGGCGCGCCUAGUGCGGGCGCGGCUGGGGGCGCGGCGGGCGCGGCGGGGCCGGGCGGGGCGGGCGAGCUGGCAGCCGUGCUGGACCGCGCGGGCGCUGAGGAGCCGCCGUUACUCUGGGUGGGACCGCAGGCCGCCGACUGUGCCCGUGUGCGGGAUGCUGUACGAUACGCAGCUCUGGAAAUCAAUGAACACCUUGAAACUUACUUUGAUCGCAGGGAACACGCGCUGGAGGUGCUGGAACUAUCUCGGGGCUCCGACGAACUCGGCCGAUGCCUGUAUAGGCUUAUCUUCCAACUGCUCCUUAUAUUGGAAACUAAUAAUAAAAUGAUAGUUGCGGUAUACACAGCGGCCCUAGAUAACAAGGGUGUGGAGAUGAGCGGCGCGGUGUGCGCGGUGCGGCACCAGCUGGCGGCGAGCGCGGCCAGCGCGGCGGGGGGCGCGGGGGGCGCCGACACCUGGCCCGAGCACUCGCCCGCGCCCCACGACGACGCGCGCCUUCUGCAUCUCAUACAGCGGCAGAAGUGGGGCGCUGCGCUAGCGUUGGUACGUGAACGUAAUGCUGAACGCAUUCUUGAACGAGGCGAGCUUCCAGAAGAUGAUGUCACCACCUUACUGCACGUAUAUUGCAAAGGUCUAGCCCAAGCGCAACCAGACAUGGUGGCUAUCACACGGCCAGUGCACGAGCUGUCGCAAAAUUUAUCAUUUAUGAUGGAGAGCCUGUACAAAGUAUCGGUGGCUCUGCAGCGCCAGGAGUACGGCUGAUAAGUCUGGCCGCGGGCACCCGCACUCCGCCGCACCAACGCAACGCCUCGCCCGAACUGACUACAUACAACAAGAACAAAACUAUUUCAAUAAUAACUAAAUAUUUAUAAUUAUCUCAACUUUACUGUAGUAACUAACUAUUGAGUUUUAAAUUUAAGGCCUUGUGUUACCACUGCAGAAGUUAAUAAAAACAUGUUGUGAUCAACUGCAACAAAAAUAAAUAAGUAAGAUGGUACUCUUAUUAUAUGUACAGGACUAUGUUUGUCCACAUUGUGAUAUACUCUUAAUCUCCUCGAAAAUAAUCGACUUCAGUUGCAAUUAAGAACAAAACAGAUAAAAUAUGUCGUCUUAAUAAUACUGAUGGAUAUAUAUUUGAAUAUUCUUAACAUACGACUAUGAAAUCAAGUAGUAUAGAGUAGAAUAACGAAUUUAAUAAAUAACAGGGUGGGGCUAAGCCGACACUUUGUGGAAUUACAAAUACAGGUCAAUUUGUACCCGUUAGUCUGAAGAGCUUAUUGUAUCACAUAUAUUUUGCUGUUUAGUCUGUAAUUAGGCAUAGUUCUUCAUAUCACUUUUAUGAAAUAAUCAAACUUGAACAAUUUGCGGCGGCGUAGCGGAUUUAAAUACGGAAAUAAAAUCACACUAAUUAUUUAAAUUAAUGAAAAACAGUAUACUAAUAUUUAACGUACUAAGUUUUCAAGAUAACUGAUCUCAGAUAGUGUAUAAUAAAUGUGCUUAGGAAAUACAUAGGCAGUCGCUCAAGGCCACAGCCGCACUAUAAACCAAAUAUUUAGUAGGCUUUGCGUCUUUGAGCGAUGAUGAGAUGUCGAUAGCGUCGAGAAUCCUUCAAUGUACUAGGAGUUAAUGAACGACACCUUUGUAUCUCAGCACAAUGUAACUGUGUCCGCGUAGAGUGUAGCCCGCGCACCCGUGGCGCUGUCGCUUGCAGUCUGCCAGCCUGCCUGCUUGCAAACACUCAAUCUACGUUGUCUACCUUAUAAUUCAAUAUUGUAAUCUUUCACAAUUGCAUAAUAUUUAUAGUUUUUCUUUAAUCAUUGUUUUGUGAUACGUUUGCGUUUUUUUGUAAUAAUGUUGAUGACAAUAUUUAUUUCUUAGUUUAUAUAUUUGACCGAUGAACUUUGUUUGUGUUAGAUAUUUGAUUACAAAAAGGAUUUGAUAAAACAAAGUAUUUAAUCACAAUUAAAUUUGUAUUAAUAACAAUUAUAUAAUCAAAUGAAUUUCAAUGAUCCUUUUCAGUCCAGAUGUAUCUAACAAAAACAAGGUUUUGAUAAUUGUAAUGUACUAAUUUUACAUAACCAAUUGUAAAUGUAUUGAAAUAAAUAAUUAAAUUCUUAA